GAGAUUUGCAGUACAUCUAAUAAACAAGUGCGGAUUAUAUCUCAUAGGACGAUUAUAAGUUUUCAUUGAGGCCAAAAUGGAGAUGAAUCGACGUCCUUUGCAAGGAUUCAGAGAUGUAUGUCUUUCAAGUAUGGAGCGGCGAAUGUUCCGCGGUGAUACAAUACACGAAAGUGCACUGCCUACAAUGGUUCUUACAGAAGAGGAGCAGCAAAUAUUUCGAGACGAAAAUGGGUGUUCUCAUAUGACAGCGUUCAUCAACAUGACGAACCGAAUGGAAGAAGAGAUUGAUGCCCUUAAAAAGGAGAAGAUGCAGCUUUUUGAUCAAAUUCAAGGUCAGAAAGAUGAUCUACUAAGAGCUAAGAGAAACAAAACAGACAUGAAAAAUGAAAUAGAGAAACUGCAGAAGGAAUGUACUGAACUGAGAACAACUCGCGAUGUUUUUCAUAACACUUUAGCAGCAAAGUUGGACGAAUUGAGAGAGAAAGAAGAGAAGUUAAAAAUGUUGCGAAAAAACAUUGAAAACAAGAAAAGGGACUUAAGGAAUUCCAAAGAAGAUUACAGUAAGCUGAACGAGCACCUGGAAAAAGAAUUAAAACUACAAACGCAGAUAUUUCAUAGGUUAACUGAGCAACUUUCGGAAUUGCAAAAGGAACUACAAAGUUCAACUAUGAGACUUUCGGAAAAGGAAGAGGAAAUUCAAAGGUUAACUGAGGAACUUUUGGACAAGGAAAGGGAAAUAUUCAGAUUUAAAGUGGAAUGUUUGAAAAAGGAACUGGAGCUUGAAAGGUCGAUGCUUAAAAAACGUCCAAGGCAAAAAAAACUGCGCAAAAGGUCGCAAGACAAACAGGCAGAGAUGGCAGAGUAGCGGCGAAGGUCGCGGGCUGAACAGGCAGAGAUGGAUGAACAGCUGCGAAUAUUUCGAACUGACCUAAGAGAAUCAUCAGGUUGUCGCUUGUCAUAAUGGAAAUGAUUGCGACGCCCGCAGGACCAUACCUUAGUAUUAACUCUUCUAUUACUUCUUUUAAAUUCUCAACAGGAGGAUUGUAAACUACUAGAGGAAAUCACAAAUUGGUAUUAAACCUAUACAAGUGUACCAUGGAUUUCAGUGUGCUAACACUUGCUCUCAUCGCAUGGAGUUUUAUAUAUAAAAACACGUUACAAGGUACAUGUACAAAGACAUCAAUUAUCAAUGCUUGAUCUGAAAGCUGCCAGACAAUAUACAGAGGAGCCACACAAAUGUACAUGUUGCAAAUGGCUAAAAACGCAUUGAUCAUAUGAAGUGAAAAUGUGCAUGUUUCGUGCAAAGGCCAUCUACAACCUGUAUCAAUGUUUCUUAUUAUAUAGAACUUGUGAUUUACCUUUAUAAGAAUGUGUGUUUUAGUACUAGAUUACGUUUUAACAACUAAAUCUAACAGUUUCAAGACUUAAACAUUUAAAAAAUAUACAAAAUAUUAUAUAUGUAUUAGUAAGUGUUGUUAAGAUUUUGCAUAAUCUAGAUUUGUCUCAGCUGUUUUAGACUGCGUUCUCGGACAUCAUAGCAAUUAAAGAUACUGUAAUGUAGCCAGAUAUUAUGAUUUAAAUAAACACUGAAUUACGCGUAAUACGAACGCUUGACCAGAAUACCCGAGUAUGUCCUGUCGGAAUUACGUAGUCUGACAUAGGAACAUAUGUAAAUUCGAAUGACAGAUUGCCUUGUUUUGUUGUAUAUUAAGUGUACAAUGUUGAUAUUUUCACUUGCCUUGUUUUGUUGUAUAUUAAGUGUACAAUGUUGAUAUUUUCACUUACCUUGUUUUGUUGUAUAUUAAGUGUACAAUGUUGAUAUUUUCA